GAUUGAUGUAGAUCCGCGAAGGUGAGAGUACUACAAAGCAGCCUCUGGAAGAUUGGAACGCGUGCGUCUCACCCUCUCCCACGAACCCUAGCUAGGCUCUCCCCAUCGGCGGCGGCGGCAGCGGCAGCGAAGAAGAAGAGAAGAAGAAGGAAGAUGAUCUACGACGUGAACUCCCCACUGUUCCGCUCCUUCCUCAGCCAGAAGGGCGGCGCGUCCUCCGACAAGAGGAAAAUGGAAGAGCAGAAGCCGAAGGACCAGAGGUUCAAGGCCAACGAGAACAAGCCUGUAAUGAACGAAUGAGCGUUGUCUGGACAGUCGGGUGCCUGCAAGGCCUAGCUGCCAAUCAUGUGACUCCUAUGUUAAAAUGAGUGGUGUGAACAUUUGUCUGGUCGUUCUGAAAACCAUCCAAGUAUCCAGUACUGUGUUUGAAGUUCCUAUAUAUCUGAACUGCAUGCCUGGAAUGAUAAAUUAAAAUUAGGAGAUUUAUCUUGUGAUC